AUGCUGGGCGCCCGCGGGGACGCCGAGGCCGCCGAGGGCGCCGAGGGUGCCGAGCCGGAGGACAACGACCCGUACUUGUUGGCCGACGCCGCGUACAUCCAGAAGGACACGCGGUGGCGGAACAAGCAGCGGACCCUCGUGUUCAGCAGCCGCGGCGUGACUUCCAGGUUUCGACAUUUGUGCGAGGAUGUGCGGAAGAUGUUGCCGCACCACAAGACGGAGCCAAAGUUCGAGAAGAGCUCGAAGCUGCACGAGAUUAACGAGGUCUGCGAGCUGAAGAGCUGCAACAACGUGAUCUUCUUCGAGUCCAGAAAGCAGGAGGACCUGUACAUGUGGCUGGGAAGGGUGCCGUCCGGCCCCACCAUGAAGUUCCAGGUGCUCAACAUACACACCACAUCGGAGGUGCGCUUGGCAGGCAACUGCCUGCUAGGGUCGCGGCCGCUCUUGUAUUUCGAUAAGCACUUCAGCGACAUCUCUUUUUUGAAGCUCAUGAAGGGUCUGAUAACGCAGGCUUUUGGGACGCCGCGCAACCACCCCAAGAGCAAGCCGUUUCACGACCACAUCAUGUGUUUCUAUUGGUUGGACCGGAAGAUUUGGUUCCGCCACUACCAGAUCUCCCCGGACACCGUGGGCGACGAGGACAACCCCGAGAAGCAGAGCCUGACGGAGAUCGGGCCGCGCUUCGUGCUGGACCCCAUCCGCGUGCUGGGGGGCAGCUUCAGCGGGCAGACGCUGUACGCGAACGCGCACUACAUGUCCCCCACGGCUCUGCGGGUCCAGGCCAAGAAGUUGUUGAAGAGCCCGUACGUCAAGAGGUUAACGGACAAGAAGGAGAGGAAGCAGCGCAUCGAGGACAACGAGCUCUCCGACGACCCGCUGGACGAGGUCUUCACGUGA